AUGAAUAUACCCUGUUGGCUUAUCCACACUAAUCCACCAUCACCUGAAGGGCGCAGGAACGCGCCCACGAGUCAUUCCGGCCCGGCCACCGGCGAGCCCACUCGCGCCAGCACUCGCCAGCUGACACGACCAGGCUUGCGUGGGGACAUAGAUGUCUUCCCCGCCACAAUACAAGCAAGACCAGACCCCACAAUGCUGUUCCACGGCGUGAUCUUCGGGCUAUUAAGCAUUCCAGUAUUUUGCAUCGACACAGAAGUGGUGGUCCUCAGAGCCGUGAGAGGCCACGACGCGCGGCUGCCCUGCGGCCAGGGCAAGGUGUUUCUCGACGGGCCUGACGCCUACGUGCUGUGGCUCAAGGAUGAGAGGGAAUUCCUCUACCGCUUUCCUAACGAGGAGACUCAACGAAGAUCACUUUCACUAGACCAAGUGUUCGGCACCACGUGCAUCGCGGGCGCCUGCCACGACGACACCUCUCUCCUUCUAAAGCGCGUGAGCGACAGAGACAGCGGCGUUUAUCGCUGCCGCGUGCACUAUCAGGCUUCGCCGUCGGUGGACUAUGUCAUCGAUAUAAGACUGGUUGAUUCUCCGGGUACCCCUCAGAUCUACAAUGACGCUGGUGAACCACUUCACAGAGGUCACAUCCAGCACAUCAGCCUCGGAACCAACUUCACUUUCACCUGCGAAGUUGCUGAUGAGCCUGACACUCUCCUCUUCUGGCGUCGCAACGGCGUCGUGAUCGAGCGAGCUGAGGCGUCGCGCCCGCGCACGCUACGCGCUGCGGUUAGCGUGACGAACGCGACGCGCGCCGAGCUCGACGCGCACUACGAGUGCCUCGCGCAGAACGCCGACGUCACUGAACCGCUCAGCGCGAGCGUGCUGGUCACUAUGUAUUUGCCUCCUCUAAGCGUGGAGAUCCGCCUAAACAACAAUGUAGAUUUUGAAGCCGGCCAACCCCGGGUGGUGGACUGCGUGGUGGUCGGCUGCGUGCCUCCCCCCUCCAUCACCUGGCACCUGGGGGACACGCUGCUGAGACCGAGCGUGCAUAAGGAACUCCACGACGGCAACUACACAGUAUCCUCAUUGACACUAGCGCCAUCUCUCCGCGACGGCGGGCGCGAGCUCGCGUGCCGCGCCCACAACUCCCAUCUCCCCGGGCUGGUGUUCCAGGACCAAGUCACCCUGAACGUGGGCUAUCGUCCAGUGUGCCUGUCAAGUGGCGAGGAGACCAUCGGUGCCGUGCCCGGGGAGGCCGAGACAGUAACCUGUGUGGUGGAGGCGUCUCCGGAGCCCCUGCAGUUCAGCUGGACCUUCGCGGACUCUCGCACCCUGUACACCAGCGUUAAGAAACUGCCGGGCCACCAGCACCGCUACAGCUCGACGCUGACCUGGCUGCCGCGAGCCGGCGACUACGGCGCGCUGCUCUGCCGAGCGACGAACUCGUUCGGCGAGCAGAAGCGCGCGUGCGCGUACGCGGUGGCGCGGGGCGGCGCGCCGCGCCCGCCGCAGUGCCUAGUCAGGGAGGCGGGGACUCUGAGGAUUCAGUGCAAGAAAGAUUGGGACGGCGGGCGGCCCCAAACCGUUCACCUCGUGGUCCGCGAUUCCACCGGUACGGUGGUGACCAACGCUUCCGACGCCGCGGGCCACUUCCAGCCGGCGUUGGCCGGGCGCAACCUGAGCGCGGUGGUGUACGCGAGCAACAGCAGGGGCCGGAGCGAGGAGGUGGAGUUACAGAUGCAGAAUACGCCGGCGACCGCUUUCGCAGUGGUAGAGCCUACACCGGUCCGCGGUUGGGCACAUUGGCUCGAGGUGUCGGCCGUCGUCGUCGUCGCCACUGUCGCUGUGGCGGCGACGACGCUCUGCGUGCGCGCGGCGCGGGCGAGGAGACACACGGACAACCCUGAUCUGGUGCCGAGGGCGGACGGAACGUUCCAUCGCGAGCCAGACUUCGUGAGCGGCGAGCGGGUGCUUGGCACGACCAACAUCACCGUCAACCAGCUGGCGUCGUGUCAGAAUCAGUACUCGUCAUCGCCAGUGCCCUCCUGCCGAGUGUUGGUGGGGUGUCCCCACCCCCCCCCAGACACGUGUCCGGCCACGCAACAUUCAUACUACGUAUAACCCUUUAACCGCCAGUCGUCAACUGACGCGCGCCUCAAGCCUUCAUGGUGAAUAGGUACCUACUGUUACUUAUUCUGUGAUGGUGACGCGCCGCGCACGAUAGGCGUGCUACGUGGACUCUCCGGGCAUAGAAAACAAAAAAAAAUAGCUACAACCGAAUACAGAACCUCCUCCUUCUGUGAAAUGGAAGUCGGUUAAAAAUAAUAGUCGUUUUGGUACCAAAUCUGAUGUAUGGAGUGAGCACUCGAUGCUUACUAUAUUUCUCUAUGGUCCAGGGUAUCAACACCGAGUUGCCUACUGCUAUUUGGCGGACCACUUGAACGAAGAGCUUAUAAAAAGUGCCUAUAAAUAUUAUAGCUUCGUUAGAACUGAAUUAGUGCUUUAUGACUUAAAUAUACAUUAAAACUGAUAGUCCCCAUUUGAACAUAAAACCCCAUAAUUACUUUGGCGUAGCUAGAUAAAAAAUCAAUUCAUAAUCAUUAAAUUCACAUAAGUACUUCAAUUUCAAAAUAUAUUUAUUUCAAUUCAAUCCAAGAGACUACAGUGAUCCCCACACUAGGCUUAGCCUGUAACGUGGGGAUUUUGGAGGAGUACAUAAUACA